UUCACAGACAAUAAAAUACAAUUAUUAUUAUAAUUAUUAUCAUUUUUUCAAAUUGUUUAGGAGAAAAAAUAACCAAGCUAAAUUCCUGACAGUUGCUGUAUAUCAGUUCUCAACAAUGUUGGCAUCAAAGUCAACAAAUAACACAUCACGUGGUCAAACUUGUCCUACCAGUGGCACGUAGUAGAAUGCAUGAAGGGGUCUAAAAAGCUUUCUCCACAAUUGUACUAGUAGUCAGCUUGAGAUCAGAAUAACAUUAUGGAGCAAGUUUAAAGUCUUAUUUUGACGCCGUUUCUAAUUUGACAUGAAGCAAAUGGGGUCAGGCAGGGUCAGUCGGAGGAGUAAAUGGGGCCAACUGUUGCACAUUUAAAAGUCAGGACAACUUAGGGGUCAAGGAGAGAGGUCACAACCUGAAAUUAAACUUGGAAACUCAGUUUCCUCAAACGCUGUGCGCCUCUGGUGAAGCCACCAUAUGAGAAUGUAUGACAUAACCAAACGGCUUAUUGGUCUUAGCUUUUGGAGAGUUAUCGCUUUGGACUGGAUGGGCAGGCAGCGAACAUUCACACAUGACAUUGCUGUUGGUUCUGGCUGCUGGCUCUCUGAGAAGGAUUCAGCAUGCAUGUUCUGUUAGUGUGGUUUUGGUCACAGUAUUUUGGACCUUGUUGCUGCCUUUAUUUGUCUCACCCACUGCAUCACGUGCUUUACAAUAGCUGAAUAUUUUUAACACUGGUGUGCAUCUGUCUAUAAGCUGGACCUCAUUCACGGCACUAAUACAGAUCCAGGACCGCGCUCUGGGGCUCUGUCAGUCCAAACUUCUAUUAAUACCCCCCAUCUUUGACUACAGCUGCCAGCGUGACUACAUUUGGACUGACACUGGGAGCUGAGGGACCAGUGGAAAGGACGGCUGGACUGAGGAGAACAGAGGGGGGGUCUCACUACACUCAACUGAGCGACAUCUCACUACCAUGAUGGACUCCUCAAGAUCAAGACAGUAGAUGGAAUUCGCCUUCUCCUUGUAAAGUUUCUUUUGUUAACACCUGAGGGCUAGAGAAUCGUCCGGACAUAUCUGAGGAUCAUGGAUGCCGUGGGGAACCCGGUCCUGGAGCCCAGAGCCGAGCGCAUUGCUCGCUACAAAGCAGAGAGAAGACGGGAACUUGCCGAGAGAUUCAGCAAUAUUGAGGAACUGUCUUCCAAAUGGGGCGUGAAGGACGGGAAGGACGCAGAAGGAGCUGAUGCCGUUCCGUCUCGCAGAGUGAAUGGGCGAACACCUGGGGUCGCCAACGGAGACUCUGUGGAGUUAAACGUCCAGAGGAGACAGGGCGUCCGGGACUCCGCUGGCAUUAGUGGGGAGGGGCAUAUGGAUGCCCCGCAGCUCCACACGCGUGUGUCCGUCGGACAGUUGAGAACUGCGCUUCUGCAGCAGGAUGGCUGCGGUCCCCAGCCAGAGACAGAAAGCUGCCCUGACCCUGGGUGUGGGUCAACCUCAGCCCACCAGCCAGUUAAACCGUGUCCCGAGGGGGGGCGCCGACGCACGCGGCGGUGUUUAGCUGGCUCAGGUACGGGACGGAAGAGUGCUGACCGCUUCAGGACUCAACCCAUCACUGCCAGUGAGAUGGAGGACAGCAGUGGGCUGUUGGGUGCAGAUGAGGAUGACAAUGACAAAGGAGAUGUGAAAACAGACGAACGAGCUCAGAUGAGUGUCGCUGCCAAGAUGUCUUUGUUCAAAGAGAUGGAGAAGUCUGCUGCCCCGGAAUCCUCCUCUCUGCUCAAGCCUCGGUCAGGAGGCGUGUGUCAUGAACGGCGGGCUCGCCGCGGCAGUGAUCAUCGCUUCCUCACGCAGCCCAUCACUUGUGAAGAGAUGGGGGCAAUCAGCGCCCCAAAAGCAGCAUCACCCGAGCCCCCGCCAGAUGAGUCUGCAGAGGACGCAGACGAGAACUGCAAACUGAGCCUGAGCGAGAAACUGGCUCUGUUUAAUAAACUGUCGCUGCCCGGUGAGCAAGGGAGCGGCCCCGCUGGCGGGCCCCCAGAGAGACGCAGGCAGAAGGGGGCUCGGUACCGGACGCAGCCCAUCACCGUGGAGGAGGUCAGCCUGCUCCAGAAAGGGCCGGUCCAGCUCCCUACCUUCUGCCUGGCUCCUCACCUGUCAGACAGACAGCAGACGUCGUCAGUCAACCUGAAGCCCAGUGAGCUGCGUCUCUCCCAGUCCAAACCUGACAUUAGCCCAGCGUCCGCCCAGCAGGGCCUGCAGCGCUACGACUCCGAGCCAGGUCUGAGAGGAAUCCUGAAGCGGACCCGCUCUGGGGACUCGGAGCAGGGCCAACCGGACAGCAGGAGGAUGGACUCACCUGUCAGCAGUGAGCAGAACGGUGGGAGCGGCGUGGACGGUGGGCUCCAGGGAAGGAUGGAGAUCUCACCUCCGGCGCUGAGGGAGAGACGAGAGGAUUCGGGUUUGCUGGGAAGGUCUCUGACCGCUGCUCCCUGGAGACAAAGAGCUCGAGGCAGGAGGGAGACUAUUGCAUACAUGCCAAGAGACUUGUCAGAGCAGGACAUUGAAGCGGAUGAGAAACGCCACAAUUGCACUGCUUUAAGUGAGAGUCAAAUGCAAGAGAAUAUCCUGAUGGUGGAAAACCAAGCGGACCGUGCUCAGAUUUCACUGGACGACAACGCAGAGCAGAAGAAGACGACAAGAAGCCAUAGUAACAAGGAAGAUCACUGUGCCCAACCUCAGUGCUGGGGACCAGUCUUCUCCAACGUCUUCUCCAACAGUACACCACAAUACGUCAUGUGUUUCAAUCAGACCAACCAGUCCUUCGAAGCACAAGAACUCUCCUCCCCUAACCAGAAGCACGUUCAUCCUCAGUGGAGACAGAAGUCUAAGGAUGCAGAAGAGGAGCCGUCACAUGAAGCUCACUCACAGCCACAGGAGAAUGGAAACAACGCUGUUUCAGGACAUGGGGAGGCAGAGCUGACCAGAAAUGGGUCUUCUAAAAACAGAAGAGGCUCAAGUGAAGCUCUGUCAUGCGCCUAUAAGGCUCCAGCUCAGAAUGCUCCAACACAUGUGGCAGCAGAGCAAAUGGAAGCGAGAGAUGCUCAGGAUCCAAACUCUGACCAGUCACCUCUGUCCACAUGUCCUCCACCACCAUGUGCUGAUGUGACUUCUCCAGACGGAGAGCGUGGUCUGGACAUCCUCUGCCAGACCCACACUCCAGUCCUUACCUCAGCUGUAGCGGAACACAGGCGAGCAGUCCGUCCAGCCAGAAGGACUCAGGGCUCCAGAAACCCGCUGAGGGCCCUGGCGGCUCGGGAGGACAUCAGGCAGGACUACAUGGGGGAGCAGGUCGCUGCUGAGGAGAGAGUUCAGGCUGAGAAUAAGCGAAAGAACUCUGGAUCUCAUCACUCCAGAUGUGAAGGCAUGAGCACCAGCACACCUGACAGCUCCUGCCCUCCCUUCCGCAGCAUCAUGCUCAUUCUUAUAAAAGGUCGGCAGCAGGUCCAGGUCCGCCUGGUCGAGCCCUCAGUGCGGUCCAUCAACAGUGGAGACUGCUUCCUGCUGGUAACUCCAGAGCACUGCAUUCUGUGGAGCGGGGAAUUUGCCAAUGACCAUGAAAAAGCCAAGGCUGCAGACUUGGCAUCAGUUAUUCAAGGCCACAAGGAGCUCGGCUGUCGGGCCUCCCACGUCGUCCGCCUGGAGGAAGGGCUGAACUCUGACAGCAGUCUGGCCUCUGAAUUUUGGAACAUUUUAGGAGGAAGGAGCCAGUACAGAGGAGCAAGUGCACACGAAGAGGAUGAGGAGUAUGAACGCGGGGUGGUGGAAUCCAACUGUGUGUACCGACUGGCAGAGAAGAAACUGGUGCCUCAUGAGCAGGCCUGGGCCAGGUCGCCCUCUGUCUCCCUGUUGGGAUCCAGCGAGGCGCUGGUGUUUGAUUUCGGCAGCGAGGUGUACCUGUGGCUGGGGAAGAACGUCUCCAUGAGCAGCAGGACUGUUGCUCUCCAACUGACUCACCAAGUGUGGGCUGGUGCUUAUGACUACAGCAACUGCCGAGUCAACCCUCUGGAUCCCACACAGAGUGACGCUGGGAUUCAGCGGAGUGGAGUGGGACGUCCCACUUGGGCACUGUUUGGCUGCAUCACUGAGGACGGUGAGACCGCUCUGUUCAGAGAGAAGUUCCUGGACUGGACCUGCAGGGCAAACGGACUGAAGCAAGCUGGCCCUGUGAAGAGCGAGACACAGCCUGCUCCGGCUCCGCCUCCCUCACUGGUCCCUCCAUCGCCAGACCUCCUCAAAGCCUGUAAUGCCUCAGCUCUGCUGUCUGGCCAAAUGGCAACAGAGGAUGCAGUAGUACACAACGUCUUGGCCGGGGUCGACGUUCAGAGAGGAUACGGGGCGGUGACUCUGGAGGAUGGACAGCAGGUGCAGUUAAGGACAGUGGCCAUAGACACCUGGCACGUCCAGGAGUUUGAUGACAGCGAGGUUCCUCUGGAGAGCACGGGUCAGCUGCACGAGGGGGACUCCUACGUCAUCCGCUGGACAUACACUCUGGACCCUCUUGGUGAAUGGGGUACUGGCAGCAGUGAUGGCUGCAACGUCAGUGUAGGACAUGAGGAGAAGACCGCUUUCUUCCUCUGGAGGGGCUGCCAUUCCAGCAGCAGUGGGCGGGAUACAGCCACUUUCCUGUCCAUUGGAAUGAAGAUGCAGGAGUCAUCACAGGUGGUGGUUCCUCAAGGAAGAGAACCUCCGUGUUUCCUGCAGCUUUUCAAAGGAGGUCUGGUCAUUCACAAAGGCCAGAGAGAUGUGCAACUGACUCAUGCAGUGGUUCACCCCGAGUGGCGGCUGUUCUGUGUGCGUGGGGAGCUACCAGAGGAGGGGUCACUGUUAGAGGCGCGCUGCUGCUGUGCGAGCCUGAGGUCCCGAGGCGCCGUGGUUCUCAUCAGCAGUCAACAGGGGGCGCUUUACCUGUGGACCGGUUGUAAAGUUCACAGCAGUGCUAAGGAGGUUGCCAAGAAGACGGUGGAGCGUCUCACUCUGCUGUGUCCAUCAGAGUUGGGGCUCAACCCCAGCUCCCCUCCAAAGGUGCACAUGGUGGAGGAGGGUUCGGAGCCUGCAGACUUCUGGUCUGCUCUGGGACCGAUGGACAGGAAGGCGUAUGACUGCAUGCUCCACGAUCCAGGAAAGUACAACUUCACGCCGCGCCUCUUCCACCUGUCUGCGGCCUCUGGAACGUUUAAAGCUGAGGAGCUGCUGAGUCUGUCACGUCUGCCGGGAUUGUUGAUGGCCAUGCCUUUUGUUCAGGAGAACCUGUUUACUGCACCCCAGCCCGCAUUGUUCCUGCUUGACAACCGUCUGGAAGUCUACCUGUGGCAGAGGAACUCACCUGACCUCAGUGAGAGCUCCAGUUCUGCCUGGAGCUGCUGGCAGGAGGAGAGGAGGUGCGCCAUGCAGACGGUGCUGCAGUACUGUCAAGAGCUGAACCCCAGACGGCCUCCGAAGGCCUACCUCAUCUCAGAGGGGUCAGAACCUCUGACCUUUACAAACAUCUUCCCUCGCUGGGAGUGGGACCAGGGACCAUCCACACAGAGCGAGGGGGGGCAGCUGAAGCUGACCUCGGUGCAGGACGCCCUGGCCCAGCUCAUGAAGAACCCGCCCUCACUGGAGCAGCUGCCGCUCGGAACUUUGCCAGCAGGAAUGGACCCUCAGAACCAUGAGAUCUACAUAUCACAUCAGGACUUCCAGACUGUUCUGGAAAUGAAGAAGAAUAAAUGCACCUAGACCCCAAAACCUGCCAGAGAGGAAGGAUGGUGUUUCACAAAAAUACUGUUUAUGUCAAAAUGAAUAUGUUGGAGUACCAGGUGAAACAAAAAACAACACUUUGUUUAGAAAAAAAGAUUUGUACAAAUGAUGGA